AUGCUGCAAGGAGGAAACAAAAAGGGCUUCAAGUACCUGGCAGGCGGAAAGAUAUUGGAGUGCAACCAGCGGAGGAUGAUCAACUCUCGCGGCAGCGGCUUGCGCAACGGCUUUAGGUCAGUACGAUGGAGGCAGUUUACAAGUAACAAGCAUCAAUCUGGUGGCACCAGCGACCGUAGCAGUUCUAGGCAGCAGCUCUCGAAUCGCCAACCACAAGAAAGCGCUGGUAGCAGCGACAAGGAAGAUUAUCUGUGCAAGUGCUGUGAGGAAAAUCCAGAAACUAUUGAACAUAUGCUCUUCUUCUGCAACAAUGCCAAGGCUAUCUGGAAAGCUGCUCCACUAAGUUGGGAUGGUCUAGAGAUUUAUAGGAGCAAAUUUUGGCUCUGGUGGGAAGAACUGAAAGAUGCUAUGAAGAAGGAGAAGGGAAAAGAGCGUAUUGAACUAAUGGUAAUUCUGCUAUGGCAAAUCUGGAAAUCGAGAAACGAAAUGCAAUUCAAUGAUAGAAGAAGGGAUCCAAUGAUAGCUGUUAACAAAGUAGUGAUGGAGUGGAGAGAGUAUCAGGAAGCUCAGGAGGCACAGGUGGAAGUGGGGGGGAUGUAG